AAUCAGCACAUUCCGCAGUACUGCGGCUCGUGUUGGGCACACGGGGCCUUGUCCGCCCUCGCCGAUCGCAUCAAGAUUGCCCGUCAGGGCCUCGGGGACGAAAUCAACCUUUCCAUCCAGUACGUACUCAACUGUGCCGCACACACGGCAGGUUCCUGCCACGGCGGUUCCCACACGGGCGUGUACGAGUUCGUCCACCGUCAAGGAUUCAUUCCCUACGAAACCUGUAUGCCCUACAUUGCCUGUAGCACGGAUUCGACCGACGGAUUUUGCGGACACGUCGAUACGUCCUGUACGGCACUCAACACUUGCCGGACCUGCGACGCGUCCGGAACUUGUCGGGCCAUUACGGCCUUCCCCAACGCCACCGUGGCCGAGUACGGGACCUACAGUUACUUUACCGGUGGAUUCGGCGCCGUGGCGGAACAAAUCAAGGCCGAAAUAUACGCGCGUGGACCCGUUGCUACCGGCGUCAACGCUGAACCCAUUGUCAAUUACGCCGGCGGUGUCGUAAACAAUACGAAAAUUUGGAACAUGAUGGUGAAUCACGUGGUUUCUAUCGUGGGUUGGGACAUGGAUGAGGAAACGGGACAGCAACACUGGAUUGUCCGCAACUCCUGGGGACAGUAUUGGGGAGAAAUGGGAUUUUUCCGGAUCGUCAUGGGGAAGAACGCCCUGGGUAUUGAGUCGGAAGUGGCCUGGGCAACGCCA